AUGUCGUCAUCCUACGAUAAAUUAUGGCACUCAGCGCAGCACAGGGCAGGGGAAUUGCUGGUGUUGGAUGAAAACAUCCAUGCGGAUCAGAGUCCAAAAUCCAAACAUGACGCGGUGAAGACAAUUCUCCCCAUUUACAUAAAAUACAGAAAUCUAGUCCAAAAAUUGGGACAACUGUACGAUCAGAUGAUCCACAGUCAGAAGAGAGAGCUGAUAAAGCGUCUCUUUGACUGCUCCGUGGGGCGGAUGCUGGAGUACAGGAGAGAAAUUGUCAAAUUAACUUGUUCUGAUUAUCAGUGGCCCGAUGAUCUCCUAACAGAGCUGAAGUGGACCCCAGAUGACAUCCACAUUCUGCCGAUUUCCAGUUAUACCGCAGAUCGCAAAAACGAAUUGGAGGAGCGGAAGAAGAUUAUUCAAGAUCUCGUCGAUAAAUUGGAUGCUCCUGAACCCGAGCUAGACCCCGACGAUCGCCUCCUGUCAACCGAAUUCCCGAGUGCUCCUUCCUUGACCCGUGCCCCAUCGAUGGUUCGUCGCCGGAAAUCAUUGAAAUCCAUCAUAACCCCUAACCUCCCCAUCCCCAGGGAACCCGAGGAAGUCAGGAUCGCCCGGGAGAGAGCCGAUAACCUUAAAAAAGCCUUCUCCGAGGCCAUUUCCCUGAUCCAACGCCACGAGAGGGCACGGAUGGGUCGAGUAGUUGGCGCCAACGUCCGAAGGGAUCACGAUUACCACAGAAAGCUGAAGUGCGGCGAUAUAGAAUUGAAAAAAUACAAAAGAGAAGUUAAAGAGAACGCCGCAACAACGAUCCAGAGGACGUGGAGGGGUUUCUGGACACGGAAGCUCCUCGCAAAACGCAGGGAGAAGGCGGAAAUGUCGAUGGGUAUGAUCAUCCCAAGUCGAAAAGAUAGGACAGUCUUCGAAGAGGAUCUGAGGAAUCGAUCGAGGAUCCAAGAACUCCAGCAGCAGUUCAGGACUGCAGUGCAAGAGACAAUUUCCCGAGAGAGGGCUAAAAAUUUUGAGGCUAGACGUCUCGACGUCAUGGACGACAUAUCCGAGGAGAUACGAGCGUGGUUUCAAGAGUGGCUGGCUGCUGUCGGCCAUUUUGAUAUCUAUCCACCUGAACAAAAUGGCGGAUCGGUGAUGAUCGUCACGGGACAAACUUUGACGCCUGAGGAAUUUCUCAUCAAAAAAUUGGAGGAGAAAAAUAAAGCUGAAGGGGGAAAAAAGGGGAAGGAUAAGAAGGAAGAGAAGAAAGGAAAGGAUAAGAAAAAAUUGGGAAAGGAUAAGGAUAAGGAAGAGAAAGGAUGGACUCCGCCGGAGUCCAAGGUCCUCCAGACGAUUGUUGAUGUUAAAAAAGAAUUCCUCACGAAUUGGAGUUUGCGGGAUGAGAAUUUGAGUCAGACCGUGAACACUGAUAUCAUCAAGGAAGAAAUAUUCUACGAACUUCAGUUGGAAGCGAGGAAAGCUGUGGAUGAACUGAUGAGACUCGAAUUGGAUCGGAUGAAUGAUGCCUUGAUCAAGGAUCACAAGAACGACGAUCCGAAGUUUCAGUUCCCAGGGAUGAAGAAAGGGGAUCUGUCGUAUCAGAAUUUCGAAGCUCAGAGGGAUCGGAAGGAUUACAAGCACAAGUUGGGGGAGAUAAGGAGUCUGAUUAUGGAGACUUGUGUUCUUCCGUUGGGGUCCAAGGAAGCUCACACUAUGGCACCGUCAUUUCGAUCAGUAUGUAUAGCUGGCCUCCCACGAACCGGGAAGACAUUUCUGGCUCACGCUAUUGCCAACGAGAUUGGGGCUCUCUUAUUCGACUUGACCCCGAGUGUUCUAGCAGGACAAUAUGAAGGCAAGGAGAAUGAAAAGAGACUUAUGAAGAUGAUAAAUACAGUCGCUAAGAACUACCCACCUUCCAUUGUCCUCAUAGACGGAGGCGAGAAGCCGUGGUUGAAAAAAAUACCACCGGAAGAGAGAGAGAAUCAACCCAAGCGGCUCGCUAAACUACUUCCUAAAUUCAUAAAGGGCAUCAAGCCCGGUGACCAGACUCUCGUGUUGGGACUGGCAUCGGAGCCUUGGAAAGCAACUAAAAAAUUCUACAAGAUAUAUGAAACUUUCAUCACAAUUCCUGUCUCCGAUUACAACUCCGUCUAUCUGUUUUAUCAAGAUAUCUUGAUGAAAUAUCAUUAUGUCAGCAGACAUUUUGAUGUUUCGGCGCUGGCUAAAGCUUCUGUGGGCUAUUCUCUCGAUGUCAUUCGUGAGGCUGUGGAGAAUGUCCUGAAUUUGAGAAGACGAAUGAGACUGAAGUUCGAACCGUUGAAACCAGAAGAAAUUUUGAAGGAGUUGCAGAGGAAUCCGAGUAUUCCACCGAAAAUCGUUGAUGACUUUGCGAAGUUCCAGACGAAAACUCCACUUGGGAGGAAAUGGGUGAAGAUGAUGAGGCAGGAGAGGGAGGCGAUUGAUUAUCCGCCGGGGAAGAAGAAAUAA